UUUAUCUUCUGUUAGUAUCAAACAGACUGAGGAAAUCACGCGUUUUAUUACCUUGUCAACGAUUCGCGUAUUAUUUUUAAAUCUACAAUUUGCAAGUUGGCUACAAUCUUGACUGUCAGUCGUCUUCCCAGUUUUUAGCCAAGUACACGUAAGCAUGAGGGUCCUGUACGUUUUUGCUCUACUGGCUCUACUGGGUCAGGGGACAGGAGAAGAGGGGGCUCGUCUGUUGGCUUCCAAGUCCCUCUUGAACCGUUAUGCUGUUGAAGGCCGUGACCUCACACUGCAGUACAACAUCUACAACGUUGGAACCAGCGCUGCCCUAGAGGUCGAGCUGUCCGAUGACUCCUUCCCGCCUGAGGAUUUUGGCAUCGUCUCUGGGAUGCUGAACGUGAAAUGGGACCGGAUCGCCCCUGCCAGCAAUGUCUCUCAUACUGUGGUACUGCGCCCCCUGAAGGCCGGAUACUUCAACUUCACCUCUGCUUCUGUCAGCUACCUGGCUCAGGAGGGAGGACAUGUCGUGGUUGGCUACACCAGCGCCCCCGGACAGGGUGGGAUCUUGGCUCAGAGGGAGUUUGACAGGCGUUUCUCCCCCCACUAUCUGGACUGGGCCGCCUUCGGCGUAAUGACCCUCCCCUCCAUCGGCAUCCCCCUGCUCCUGUGGUUCUCUAGCAAGAGGAAGUACGACUCGCCCAAGGCCAAGAAGAACUGAAUACUACUCUCCACUGUGGAACUAGCAAUGGCUUUUCUGGGGGGGGGGGGUGUUCAAGAACUUGCACCUUUUCACACUAUUGUGCUGUCAUAAACCGUACUGUGCUGGCUCAGAUAUUUUCUUGUCACUUUGUUCUUACCAGCAUAGUUCCAGCAACGAUGCUGGAUGUGCAUCCAGACUAGUGCAGUACAUCUCUGCUCAGUAGUGUGAAAAGGGUAUUAGUAACUCAGGAUGGGAGGAGUGGCCGUAAUAACAUACUUACCCAUAUUGGGGUAAAACAAAACAUGUAAUAUGAGUGAUCUGGGAAGAUGUGCUUCCUUGUGAUUGAUUGUGGGAUUAUGAGCUUUGUGGACUUUAGCGUUCGAUGAUGGCGAGAAUGGGCUAGUGGUUUCAUUGCUGGUUAUUCUAUUCCAUACACACGCACAUGCAUUACAUACAGUACAUAUACAGAGGGGUGUCCAAGUCAGACUACAGCUGAAUGCAAGAAUGAUAUGAACGUUUUGCCUUACGUUUUAUUUUGUAAUUAAUUUGUUUUGAAACCCUUAAAGUAAUUUCUACAGAAAAAAAGUGAAUAGUUUCCCAGGUAGUUCUGGGUGGGACUUUGUCUUGUUUGGGAAAUAAACAAGCUGAGUUUUAUCAA